AAUGCAGGGUCCUGGGAGACCAGAUAUAGUGAAUGCAGGGUCCUGGGAGACCAGAUAUAGUGAAUGCAGGGUCCGGGGAGACCAGAUAUAGUGAAUGCAGGGUCCGGGGAGACCAGAUAUAGUGAAUGCAGGCUCCGGGUGAGACCAGAUAUAGUGAAUGCAGGGUCCGGGGAGACCAGAUAUAGUGAAUGCAGGGUCCUGGGAGACCAGAUAUAGUGAAUGCAGGGUCCGGGGAGACCAGAUAUAGUGAAUGCAGGGUCCGGGGAGACCAGAUAUAGUGAAUGCAGGGUCCGGGGAGACCAGAUAUAGUGAAUGCAGGGGUCCGGGGAGACCGGAUAUAGUGAAUGCAGGGUCCGGGGAGA